UAAUACAGACUCCCCCUGGAGAGUCGGCUGCAGAAACGGAGAAUAUCUGAAGCUGAGCACAAGUGGAGCUUGCACGAGACGUUGUCGAUCGCUCGGGUGUUGCCGAAGGGUGUGAUUCUCGAUCAAGUCCUGCAAGAGCCAGAAUGCCACAAACAAGGAUGCGCAUGAGACCUUGGCUGGAAAUGCAGAUUAAUUCAAAUAAAAUUCCUGGACUUCAUUGGCUCAAUAAGAAAGAUAAAAUGUUCCAGAUCCCUUGGAAACAUGCAGCUAAGCAUGGGUGGGAACUGGAAAAAGAUGCCUGCCUGUUCAAAAACUGGGCCGUUCAUACUGGGAAAUACAAAGAAGGUGAUGUAGACCCUGAUCCAAAAACAUGGAAGGCAAAUUUCCGCUGUGCCAUGAAUUCCUUGCCUGACAUUCAAGAAGUGAAGGAUCAAAGCAUUAGCAAAGGACCCAGCGCUGUUCGAGUCUAUAGGAUUUUACCCCUAGUAAAAUCAGAGAAAAAAGAAAGAAAGUCAAAGUCUCCAAAAAGCAAGAGCCCAAGAAAGUCAGUCGAAGAUAUUAAGGAAGAAGAGACAGUCAAAGCAACAAACAGCAUUCAGUUGCCUGAUGACCACAGUGGCUAUGUGCUUCCCAACUAUGCAACAGAGGACAUGGAAGUGGGGAGCACAUUUGGUGUUUCAUAUGAAUUGAACAAUGAUGCCUGGAGAAAUUGCCAAAUGGAUAUGCCGACCCCUGACAGCACAAACAAUCUUUACAGACUUCAGGUUUCACCCUGCUGUUCGUCUUCUGAAGAUGAGGAGAGUCCACUGUACGACUUGCUCUUCAACAGCUCUGAGUGGCAACCAAACAGCAUUGGUGGAAAAGGCUUCCUAUUAAAUGAAGCUGGAAUGCAGAAUCUCUCCCUUGACUUUACUUUGCAAGAGCAAGAUACUACCUUUGAGAUACCAAAGCUAGAAGGAAUGCCACAUGAAUUGAAAUCCAGUGCAGAAUGCACUUUGUUGGACAUUCGAACACACUAUGUACCCUCUAUAUCCUGUGGCAUUUAAACCUUUUACUGUUUUAUUUUGAAAUGCUGACUUAAAAAAUUGAUACGUUCAUUGAUACUCUACAUGUUUCGAAUGGAAAAAUCCAAGUGUUUUUUGUACAAUAUAUGUAUGUAGGAAUAUAUUUGUGAUAAAACUGUACAUUUAUCCCUAACUUCCUUAUGAGCCAAUUAAGGCUUGUUUGCUGCUUCUUUCACUCUGUCCAUCCAUUAGUAGGAUUAGAGUAUAAAUAAUUUUAAACAUUGGGGGGGGGGGGACAGAAGCGUUUCAUUGUUAGUAAAUUGAUGUAUAUUUUAAGACCAUCCAGAGUAUAAUCUUAAAAUUAUUCUCUGGAAGACUAGUGGUGCCCAACCAGAUAUUUCUUGGUCAUCUUUUUUUUCCUUCAAAUUUCUCUUGGCUUUUAAUCUGGAGCCCUAUCUUAAAAAUGUUAUACUGUGAAAAACAGAUAGUUGUUUGUUCCAUACUUCUUCAGAAUUUUAUUUAUAAUACAUUCCACUGGUUACUUUGAACUACUGCUACAUUACAUUAUUUUCUCCAGUGAAAAUAUGUGUUGAAGUUGAUAGGUGAAUGUAUGGAUUAUUUGCACUGUGCUUUUCAAGAUGUCAACUGAAUAGGUAUUGUGAAGAGUGCAAAAAAUGCAUAAUAGGGUUAUAUAUAUACUAAACCAGAAGAUGAAGAAAAGGAUUUGGCAAACUGUCAGAGUGCUAGGCUGCAGCUUUAAUUCUUGUACAUUCUUUUCCUUGUACAUACGUUGUUGUAUAUAAAUUACAAUUGUCUUAAUAAAAGAUUAUAUAUGAA